AUGCCUCUGGUGAAGUUUGGGAGCAUUUGUACGAGCGGAUUGAGACUUCCUUCACAAAAUGGUCAAGUCGGCUCCGGGAAGGAGUUUCCUUGGCCAUUGAAGUUUGGCUCGUUCCUUUUCGUUUCUUCCUGCAUAAAAGUGUUAGUUAAGCUCAAAGAAGAGUUUUCCAACCGGUUGGCGCGCCUAUGCCGUGAUUUGGUUUUGUCGGCCAUAUUGCUUGCGCCAUCGGCCAGAAUGAGCUCCGUCGUCUAUCUCAUGAUCCGUGAUGAUUUCUCCGUCCUAUCUUUUGGAUUUGCCGACCAAAUGUGA